AUUACAAAACCAUAAUUAUCAAUUUAACGACUUUUAAGGUCAUUGACUCAAUUCUAUAGUGACAUAGUCUAUAGAUAUUUCAAAAGCGAACAAGAAGACCAAGAAAAUGUAGCUGAAAAUGAAAUAUUAUCAACAAUAGAGAGAAAUCGUGUAAAUGACGUUCACACAUUUCAACACCAAACAUGUCGUAAUCUCCGAAGAUAAAAAUUCUCAAUUAUAUGUACAUAAAAUUUUCAUAAGAAGAAAAUAAAACAGAACACAAGAAAGUGUCCUAGCUAGAGAGAGAGAGAGAGAUGAGAAAUGUACCAAACUAUCAUCAUUCUUACUUCAUAUUAUUCAUCAUAAUUCUGUUUCUUGCUUUCUCUGUUUAUGCAAGCAACUUUUCAGCCACAGAAUCUCUCACUAUCUCAAGCAACAAAACCAUUAUAUCUCCUAGUCAAAUCUUCGAGCUCGGUUUCUUCAAUCCCGACUCAAGUUCACGUUGGUAUCUCGGCAUAUGGUACAAGAUAAUCCCUAUAAGAACCUACGUAUGGGUUGCAAACAGAGACAAUCCUCUCUCUAGUUCCAACGGAACUCUCAAAAUAUCCGACAAUAACCUCGUCAUUUUCGAUCAGUCCGAUAGGCCUGUUUGGUCGACGAAUAUAACCGGAGGAGAUGUGAGAUCACCAGUGGCUGCAGAGCUUCUUGAUUACGGUAAUUUUGUUCUUAGAGACUCCAAAAAUAAUAAACCAAGUGGAUUUUUGUGGCAGAGUUUCGAUUUCCCGACAGAUACUUUACUAUCGGAUAUGAAAAUGGGAUGGGAUAACAAAAGCGGAGGAUUCAACAGAAUCUUGAGAUCUUGGAAAACCACAGAUGAUCCGUCAAGCGGAGAUUUCUCGACUAAACUCCGAACCAGCGGGUUCCCGGAGUUUUACAUAUACAACAAAGAGUCCAUAACGUACAGGAGCGGUCCAUGGCUCGGAAAUCGGUUUAGCAGCGUACCGGGGAUGAAACCAGUUGAUUACAUAGACAACAGUUUCACAGAGAAUAAUCAACAAGUUGUUUACUCAUACCGAGUCAACAAAACCAACAUUUACUCGAUAUUAAGCCUAAGCUCCACGGGACUAUUACAACGAUUAACUUGGAUGGAGGCAGCACAGAGUUGGAAACAGUUAUGGUACUCACCAAAGGACCUAUGUGAUAACUACAAAGAGUGUGGGAAUUACGGUUAUUGCGAUGCGAACACUUCACCUAUUUGUAAUUGUAUCAAAGGGUUUGAGCCAAUGAAUGAGCAAGCGGCUUUGAGAGAUGAUUCUGUUGGUUGCGUGAGGAAGACGAAGCUAAGCUGUGACGGUAGAGAUGGGUUUGUGCGGUUGAAGAAGAUGAGACUGCCAGAUACUACAGAGACAAGUGUGGACAAAGGAAUUGGGUUGAAAGAAUGUGAAGAGAGGUGCCUAAAGGGUUGUAAUUGUACGGCGUUUGCUAAUACGGAUAUUCGUAAUGGCGGUUCAGGUUGUGUGAUUUGGUCCGGAGGGCUGUUCGAUAUCCGAAAUUAUGCUAAGGGAGGUCAGGAUCUUUACGUUAGAGUAGCUGCUGGUGAUCUAGAGGACAAGAGAAUCAAAAGUAAAAAAAUCAUAGGUUCGAGUAUUGGAGUGAGCAUUUUGCUUCUUUUAAGUUUCAUCAUCUUCCAUUUUUGGAAAAGGAAGCAGAAGCGAUCAAUAACAAUUCAAACACCUAUUGUUGAUCUUGUGAGAAGCCAAGAUUCUCUAAUGAACGAAUUGGUAAAAGCAAGCAGGAGUUACACAUCCAAAGAAAACAAAACCGAUUAUCUAGAGCUCCCAUUGAUGGAGUGGAAAGCUUUAGCCAUGGCAACAAACAAUUUUUCGACGGACAAUAAGCUUGGACAAGGUGGUUUUGGUAUUGUUUACAAGGGAAUGUUACUUGAUGGAAAAGAAAUCGCGGUAAAGAGACUAUCGAAAAUGUCUUCACAAGGGACCGAUGAGUUCAUGAACGAGGUUAGAUUAAUUGCAAAGCUUCAGCACAUAAACCUUGUCCGGCUUCUAGGUUGUUGCGUCGAUAAGGGUGAGAAGAUGUUGAUCUAUGAGUACUUGGAGAAUCUAAGCCUUGACUCGCAUCUCUUUGGUUAGUGACUCAAACAGCUUCUGUUCUAAUAAUUGAACAUCUUUGUGAAAACGUUAACUUGUUGUUGGUUGUGUUGGAUGUGUAGACCAAACACGAAGCUCUAACUUAAAUUGGCAAAAGAGAUUUGAUAUUAUCAAUGGUAUUGCUAGAGGACUUCUAUAUCUUCACCAAGAUUCACGGUGUAGGAUUAUCCAUAGAGACUUGAAAGCAAGUAACGUAUUGCUUGAUAAAAAUAUGACUCCAAAGAUCUCCGAUUUUGGGAUGGCGAGGAUCUUUGGACGGGAGGAGACAGAGGCUAAUACAAGGAGGGUGGUCGGAACUUACGGCUACAUGUCUCCAGAAUAUGCAAUGGACGGGAUAUUCUCGAUGAAGUCGGAUGUUUUCAGCUUUGGGGUCUUGCUUCUAGAGAUUAUAAGUGGAAAAAGAAACAAAGGAUUCUACAACUCAAACCGUGAUCUUAAUCUCCUUGGUUUUGUGUGGAGGCAUUGGAAGGAAGGAAAAGAGCUAGAGAUUGUAGAUCCGAUCAACAUCGAUGCUUUGUCAUCAGAAUUCCCGACACAUGAAAUCUUAAGAUGUAUACAAAUUGGUCUCUUGUGUGUUCAAGAACGAGCCGAAGACAGACCAGUGAUGUCCUCGGUAAUGGUGAUGCUUGGAAGCGAAACUACGGCUAUUCCUCAGCCUAAACGUCCUGGUUUUUGCGUGGGGAGAAGUUCUCUUGAGGUUGAUUCUUCGUCAAGUACACAGCGAGACGAUGAAUGUACAGUGAACCAAGUCACUCUCUCGGUCAUUGACGCUCGGUAAUAUGUAAGAUUGUAAGUUAUCGACCCACUCUUUUUAUAUAAAAAUAUAGACACAGGGCAGUAAGGUCUCCACACUAGGGGCUGAUACUUUGCAUCAGUCAGUGAUACCUUGUGUAACAAGUUUCCUUUGCCUCCAUGGAACGUAUACAAAAGUUGUAUUCAACUUCGUUGUAAAUAUAAUUAAGAUAAAAAGAAAAAACCAAAGAGGGUAUAAACCCACAAGGAUAGCUACAAUUUCCGGAGAUCCGGAUGAGGAGGAAGCAUGAUACCAAGCUUGAGAAUCCUUACAAAAUCCCACUACUGCGAUAGCAUUAUAUUUAUAGUGAAGAAAAAUUGUGAUCUAAGAUGAUACACAUGUUCAGUGAUCAC